AUGCCGUCACGACUAUCGUCCUUUCACGAAGGGGAGGUGGCCGUUCAGCAGAUGCUCCAUGUACCGCCGUCGGGGAAUCCGACGAGUGCCGGACUGCCCAUGGCAUACGCGCACCGCGUUGGUGCGUCGCCCCUGCUAGCGCUCGGCACCCUCGACAAGGAAGGUCGGCCGUGGACAACCGUGUGGGGAGGUGAACGAGGGUUCGCGGCCCCGGUGGCGGAGGGUGUGCUCGGCUUCCGCAGCGAAGUCGAUGUGCGGCACGAUCCCGUGUUCGCCGCGCUGUGGGAGGGCGAGAGUGGUGGCCUUGUGCAGCCGAACCAGGGGCGGGGGAAGAUGAUGGCGGCUCUGUCGAUCGAUCUGGAGACGCGGGACAGGGUGAAGCUCGCGGGCAUGAUGAUCGCCGGCUCAUCGGAGGCGGGGACAGGUGCCGAGGCGGACGUGCAAGCGGCCAUGGCGGUGACGGAGAGCCUCGGCAACUGCCCCAAAUACAUCAACAAGAAGGAUGUCAAGAGGCACAGCCCGGCGGAUGCGCAGCUCGUCAGUGACGGGCUGCCGCUGCCGAAGGAGGCGCUGCAGCUCAUGGACCGGGCUGACAUGUUCUUCCUGUCGAGCACGAACGGGCAGACGAUGGAUACGAACCACCGUGGUGGCACGGCCGGGUUUGUGAGGGUGGCGAAGAACGAAGCGGACGAGGUCGUGCUGGUGUAUCCAGAGUUUUCUGGAAAUCGGCUGUACCAGUCGUUGGGGAACCUGCGAGUCAAUCCUCUUGUGGGCAUCGUCAUUCCAGAUUACGAUUCGUCGGAUGCCCUCUACUUGACGGGCGAGGCGUCCAUCCUCGUCGGUGCCGAGGCGUCGUCUCUUCUUGCGAGAUCCAAGCUCGCCGUCAAGAUCAACGUGUCGUCGGCGCGCUUCGUCAAGGGCGGAUUGCCAUUCAGGGGAACGCGGGUGGAAGCGUCCCCCUACAACCCGCCGCUGCGUCUGCUCCUGUCGGAGAAGGAGUCGCACGUGACCGACGCCGGGGCGCAAGUCGACAUCACCGUCAACCUCGUGGAGCGCGAGAUCAUCAGCCCGACCAUCGGCAGGCUCACAUUCCAGCUCACUUCGGAAAGCGGCCAACGGCUCCCGACCUGGUUCGCGGGUCAGCACCUGACGCUCGACUUCGAACCCGAGCUCGGGGUGGGAUACUCGCACAUGCGAGACGACGACCCGCAGAGUCUCAACGACGACCUCGUGCGGACGUUUACCAUCUCGAGCUCGCCGAGCAGCAGCGGGCGGGUAGAGCUCACGGUGCGGCGGCACGGACCCGCAACAAACCUGCUCUGGAGGCACGAUACGCGCGUGCCGCUGUCGAUAGCCGUGCUGGGUUUUGGCGGUGAGGAGGCUUUCCGGAUGCCGACGACCACGGGCGGUGCUCAGCCGGUGUUUGUGGCAGGCGGGGUGGGAGUGACGCCGCUGCUCGCACAGGCGAGCGCCGUUCUCGAUGCCGCCGUCGAUCUUCGGGUGCUCUGGAGUCUGCGUCACGAAGACCUCGCUCUCGCAGUGCGAGCGUUCGAGGAUAUUCCAGGCCUCGCUGCCGUCACGAGCCUCUACGUCACGGGGCGGGACGGCGACGAGAACCUGCUGAAGAAGCUGCAGGCCCUCGGGGCCGCCAGGGUCGAGAGAAGGAGGCUGGGCAAGGGAGAUGUCGACGAGCUGAAGGGGGCCGAGCGGAAGUUUUAUCUCUGUGCCGGGCCGGCGCUGCUUCGAUUGCUGGACGGCUGGUUGGAUGGGGAAAAGGUUGUGCGGGAGGACUUUGGGUACUGA